AUGGGUUCCCUUCACACAAGUUCCGGGAUUGACUUAGUGUGCCAUCUUAGCAACGGGAUCCGAUUCUCUGUCUCGGACCUGUCACCGCCCACGGCGCGAACGCUGCCGACGGUGCAUUUCCACCGAUCCAACAUCUCCCUGUACGAUGCACAGUUCGACUCCAAGGGCGGGAGGAUCCCGAUCCCGCCCUCCAUCAUCCGAGCCGUGGUCGCCGCGCUGAUGCGGUUCAAGGUCAUCUGCGACGACCUGGGCGUGCCGCAGACCCAGAUCCGGGUCAUCGCCACAGAAGCCACGCGUGAGGCGUUGAACUCGUCGGAAUUUCUCGCCGCCAUCCACGAAGCGUCCGGCUUGGAGGUCCACAUGCUCCCCAAGGAGGAGGAAGGCCGGAUUGGGGCGUUCGGGAUAGCCAGCAGCUUCACCUACGUCAAGGGCCUGGUGAUGGACCUAGGCGGAGGGAGCACGCAGAUCAGCUGGAUGAUCUCUCGCGAGGGGCGGGUGGAAAUGAGUCCCAAGGGCGCUUUCAGCUUCCCCUACGGAGCCGCGGCGCUCACUCGCGCGCUGGAAAGUGCCAAAGCAGGCAAGUCGAAGGAGGAGGCCGACAAGGCCAUCGCCGAGAUCAGGGCGGAGAUGAAGAAGAACUUCCUCAAUGCGUAUCGCGAGCUCGACAUUCCGCAGGAACUGAUUGACGUUGCCAGGCUCUACGGGGGAUUCCAGCUCUAUCUGUGUGGCGGGGGCUUUCGCGGCUGGGGCUACCUCCUCCUUUACCAGAAUCAGGUACAUGGGCACCACUAUCCCAUCUCGAUCAUCAACGGCUUCAUAGCAGAUAAAGCCAGCUUCACAGACACCGAGAAGCUGAAGGAGGUUGCGCGCACCGCGCACCGGAUCUUCCGCGUGUCAGAUCGCAGACGUGCCCAGGUCCCGGCUGUUGCGUUCCUGGUCAAUGUGCUGGCGGAAGCAAUCCCGUUCGGGAUCAAGGAAGCACAGUUCUGUCAGGGCGGUGUCCGUGAGGGUGUGCUAUUCCAAGAGCUACCGUACAACGUCCGGAGACAGCACCCCCUAGAAGUGGCCACUGCGCGGUUCGCCAAACCAUCCGCCCUGGCCAUGGGCGAUCUAUUUCUGUCUGCCAUCCCGCCGUCCACGAGCGGGGAGCCGAGAUCGUUCCCCCGGUCCAUCUCGACGGAGGUCAUCCGCUCGCUGGCGAACGUCUUCUUCGAACACUCGGACCUCUCCAAGGAGUCUUCCUCGAGCGCCGCCCUGUACAGCACCUCCACCGGCAUCCUGGCCUCGGCCCACGGCGUCUCUCACACCGACCGCGCGCUGCUGGCGCUCAUGUUCGAGGAGCGGUUCGAAGGCGAGCUGCCUCCGCGCGAGUUCGACUACAAAGAAUCACUCCGCCACCUCCUCACGCCGGAGCAGGUCUGGUGGUCGUGCUACAUCGGCCGAGUCGCCAUGGUUGUCGCCCAAGUCUACCCGGCCGGGAUCAUCGACGAGACGAACCCACGGGUCCAGAUCUCUGCGCGAUGGGCGGCGGGCCUGGGCAAGGACGGGAACAAGGAUGGCCUGGAACUGACUCUCUGGGUGUCCAAGGUUCCCGGCGACCCAUAUCUCCUCAAGGACACGAUGCAACGCGCCCUGCGCGUCAUUGAAAAGGUGGGCAAGCGCAAGAACUGGAUCGGAGGGAAGGAGGGCUGGGGCAUCAAAGUCAAAGUCGUCGUGGAGGAGAAGGAUCUACAGCGGGAGCAACAGCAGAAGCUGCCGCCACUGCCCGAAUGCGAGCAAGAGGAGGUCAGAGAGGAAGGGGAGGAGGAAAACGAGUGGCAGAUGGAGUGA